AUGGGCUGGAAGCGUGUCGAGACAUAUGGCGUUAAACACAUUUGCAACCUGGCAAUUUGCGACAAGAAGCGUUACACAGACUACUGUGGUCCUGAAAAAGCGACCAAAAAUGCUGAUUCUUUGGCAUUAUUCGCUCUGGCAAUGUACUAUGAUAAGUGGGAUUGGAGUUCUGGUGCUCGCGCAAAAGAGCCAGGGUCUAAAAAGAGGCCAAAGAAUGAGGAAGGGGGAAAUUCACAACAAGAUGACUAA